AUGCACUUCACCGCUCCCUCUGUCGCCUUGCUGGCUCUCGCAGCCGGCGUUCAGGCCGGUGGUGCCAAAAAGCAGCAGGAACCCCCCGUUCACAACGGAAAGGGUAUCGGCAAGCACCAAGCUAGCGGUGCGACUGGCACUGGUGUUCACCCUACCGGUGUUGUUCCUACCGGUAUUCACACUGGUACUCACCCCAUCGUGACUGGCACGCACGGCAACGGUACCCACCACGGUGGUAAGAACAGCACUAUCAUCGUCACUGGUACUGCUCCUUGCUCCACCUGCCACCGUAGCUCGACGAUCCCUGUCAACGUCCCCUACUAA